AUGGAGCGCGCUGUACUCUAUUCAUAUUGGAGGUCAUCAUCUUCAUACCGAGUGCGCAUUGUACUAAACCUGAAAAAGGUGGACUACGAGUACCGCCCUAUAAACCUUCUGAAGCUCUCGCAGGGCGAGCAACCGCCUGCAGAGUUUCUGCGCUUGAACCCUGGAGGCCAAGUGCCUACGCUUUUGAUUGAUGGUCACGUACUCACGCAGUCCGUUGCAAUUUGCGAAUAUCUCGAGGAAGCAGUAACUGGGGGUGUGAAGCUUCUGCCUGAGGACCCCGCUCAACGUGCUCAAGUCAGGCGCGUUGUGGAGAUUGUGAACUCUGGCAUACAGCCGCUCCAUAAUAGUGCAGUACUUGACUACCUUAGCUCAAAAUUCGGUGACGCCGCCAGAACAGAGUGGUCGAAGCAUUGGAUCCAUAAGGGGCUGAUCCAACUAGAGACGAUAUUGCAACACUCUGUAGGGCAAGGGCCGUACAGUUUCGGGAAACAGCUGACACUCGCUGACGCGUUUCUUGUACCACAGAUCGGUCAUGCUGAGCGUUUCGGCGUCAACAUGGAGGAGUUCCCCACAUUGCGAAAAAUAUACCAUACUUUGAUAGAACUGCCGGAGUUCGCUGCUGCGCAUCCAUCACGACAGCCGGACGCAGAAGAACAUCUCGCUUAA